GCCCCUGCUCUCGCGAGAUGGGCGGGGCGCGGCGCGACAUCCGGGAGCGGCGCGGCAAGAUGGCGGUGGAGUCGCGGGUGACGCAGGAGGAGAUCAAGAAGGAGCCGGAGAAGCCGAUCGACCGUGAGAAGACGUGCCCGCUGCUGCUUCGCGUCUUCACCACCAACAAUGGGCGGCACCACCGCAUGGACGAGUUCUCCCGCGGCAACGUGCCCUCCAGCGAGCUGCAGAUCUACACCUGGAUGGAUGCAACUCUCAAAGAGCUGACCAGCUUGGUGAAAGAAGUUUACCCAGAAGCACGGAAGAAGGGCACACAUUUCAACUUUGCAAUUGUUUUUACAGAUCUCAAGAGGCCUGGCUAUAGGGUGAAGGAGAUCGGCAGCACCAUGUCGGGCAGGAAGGGCACAGAUGAUUCCAUGACAUUGCAGUCUCAGAAAUUCCAGAUAGGAGACUACUUGGAUAUAGCAAUUACUCCUCCGAAUCGUGCACCACCCCCAUCAAGCCGCAUGAGACCUUACUAAAGUCUUCCUUCUCUUUGUAUGAUUAUGUAUUCUGUUUACUCCUACUUGCUGUUCUAAAGCAGGCUUAUUUUUUUGCUUUUGUUGCUAAGCACCUCAAGACAAAGCUGAGCAUUGUAGAAGAAAGUUAACUCUUAAACAUUAACUUUUAGUUUGUUUAGAAGAAACCCCUUCAGCAGUGCCAUUAUCCUAUCCCUGACUGUUAUAGUUUGAAUAGUAAAUUAGUGUGUCCAGUGUUCUAAAGACUUCCAUGAAAUAUGACCAGGAGGAUUACAGGUGUUCUGAAGUUCUGUCUUGUUUGGAAUAAAAAUUGAUGUUAUUAA